GUAGUAUACGCCCUACAUUACGCAGUGUGGUUCCACACCUUCAACACCUAAUUUUAGCGAUUUAAACCAUCCCUUUUCCUCCACCAACACCUCCUAUACCUCCUACUACAUACCACCUACCACCUCCCACCUCCACAUCCCGCCCUAGAGAAGCACUGCAACACAAGCCAUGCGGCAACAAGUAGUAUUAUUACUCUGGAAGGAUUCACUAUCAUAUAUGUGCGUAGUGGCAUUAGAGGAGUCUGCUCGACUAGCAUGAUCGUAUCGGAAGGAUUACUUUUCAACGUUACACAUCAUAUCAUCUAAUGCAAAAUGGAAGCUGAAGGAUGCCUUGGAACUCUUGGAUGGUUCGUCUUGAAUAUGAUUCGGUCCUUCCAAUCGUUUUAAAGUGCCUUUAUAGGUAUGCUUUCACAUAGCUUGCACGAUCAUGAUUCGACAUCGCUCCUAGGGCUUAUCCCGCCCCCUUUUUAUUAGACCUACGUGCAGUAGUGUAUCUAUUAACCAAAGGCGCCAACCUGCUAAGAAAAGUCCUAUUGGCAAGCUUAUUAAUUAUUGUUACUCGCCGUAAGCCACCUAUCCAGUUAUUCAGUAUUCAGUAUUCAGUGUACGACUGUUAGUCGAAAAACACCGAGAAUCUUACACAAGCCCCAACACAAUACGUCUGCUGUCACCAACAAUUCCAAAGGCGCAGUUGGAAGCUUUCUAGAACUUAGCUUCUAUAGAACAUGGCAGCUGUACCACCAUCUCCAGAUCAGUUUCCACCUGGAUACCUUGAAGAGGAUCAUGGUGGCCGAGUGAUUGCUGCAGUUACCACUAUUCUAGUUGUAACCACCGUUCUGUUCGCUCUGCGACUAUGGGCAAGAAGCUUAACGACAGCGAAGCGAGGAUGGGACGAUCAUGUAUUGAUUCCGUCUUAUAUAUUCCUGCUUGCACUACUGGGAAGCCUGUACGCCGAGGUCGCUCAGGCUGGAUUAGGUAGACACACCGUUGCAGUUGUUAUGGAAGACCCCAAUAAAGUGACCAAAUAUCUGCUGCUACUGUAUCUUUUGGACUGGUUUUACGUCCCGUCCAAUAUGCUAUCUCGAAUCUCGGUAGUUAUUCUGUACCUGCGCAUCUUUACCGAUAAGUGGGCACGAGCUGCCUGCUGGGCCGUCAUGGGAUUUCUGAUAGCGAAUUGCGUCGCUACUGUCAUCGCCGCUCAGCUAGAAUGUACUCCGCUCGCCUACACCUGGGACAAGAGCAUCGAGGGCGGAACAUGCUUCAACCAGAUACUAUGGUAUCAGGUUACCAACUUCCCCAACAUUAUAGGCGACAUUAUGAUCAUGGUCCUACCUAUCAGAACAGUCUGGGGACUGAAAGCGUCCGUUGGGAGAAAGGCUGGAAUUGCAGCAGUCUGUCUGCUGGGUAGUAUCGGCAUGAUAGCUUCAUGUGUGCGUACCAGCGUCUUCUACAUACAAGGGGAUGUUAUUCGAAACGACCCAACGUUUGCCGACGAGGCAUUUUCAUGGACGGCAAUCGAAUGCGGCAUGUACUUCUCGGCUGCCUGUCUGAUAGGGCUACGACCACUUCUCUCCCGCCUGCCACACUUUGUCAAAUCGCGCGUCCUGAACGCCUCUGACAAUGCCGGAGGAACAUACGCGCAUCAAACGGAUAAACUACGCUUGGGCAGACAUCACCACAGCCACUACUCUAGCAUUAUCGGCGACGACGAGACGGCCCUACGGAGUCGGAGCGAGAUCCCGCUUCGGCCUACGAUACCGGCUGCGCACUUCAGCCAUGAUCCCUUCGCUAAAGAUCUGAGUAGCAGCGAAAUACGCGUAGAGACGAAUAUCGAGAUCAGGAGGGAUUUCGACCGAUCCUACCCUUGAUAUGAUUGAUUGGUAUGAUUUUGGUAUGGUAUUCUGUAUUGUUAGUAGUUUUAGCGGCUUGAUAUUAUUACGUCUCAGUGUAUGAAUAAAAUUAAAUGUACAUGAUUUAAAGGAUAUGUAUUUCGAUAAUAAAUCGAAGUGAACUCUGUAAUUUAGUUCCGAGGAAGAAAAGGGGGGUGGGGGUGCUGCCAGCCUCGUGCCUCUCAACACCCCAUACAACCUAAGGUACUUGAUAUAACCAUAUCGACAUUAAAAAAUAUAAAUAAUAAAAGAGGCAUUGCCAUGAA